AUGGAAAGCAAGACACAUGCUCGCACUCCGAUGAGCACUUUAGUUAAAAUCUGCUCAGAUUCUACAGGUAAGAGCAUUGAUCCUACUCUCUACAGAAACAUGAUCGAAAGUCUUCUAUACAUUACUGCUAGUAGACCAAAUAUUGCUUUUAGUGUAGGUGUAUGUGCACGGUUUCAGGCGAAACCCAAAGAAUCACAUCUCACUAAAGUCAAAAGAAUUCUGAAAUACUUGAGUGCUAUGGUUAACUAUGGCAUCUGGUACUCUAGAGAUUCAAAUCUAAGUCUGGUUGGCUAUUCUGAUGUAGACUGGGCUGGUAAUGCGGACGACAGAAAAAGCACCAUUGGUGGCUGUUUUUAUGUUAGUAGCAAUCUGGUAGCAUGGAUGAGCAAAAAGCAAAAUUUCAUUUCUCUCUCCACUGUUGAAGCCGAGUACAUUGUAGCUGUAGUUGUUGCACACAGCUACAUUGGAUGA